AUGGCUAAUAUCACAGUGAAGGUGCCUCCUCCCGGAGAGACCUACAAUUUUGACUAUACUCAUCCCCAUAUGUAUACAUCCAAUAUGGUGGUCAUCAUAGGAGGCUUAAUCAUCAGCACUGGCUGCCUGGCCAUGCGGGUGUAUACCAAAGCACAUCUCCUGCACAAGUUCGGAUGGGAUGAUGUUGGUACCCAAGCUUGUUCAAUUUAUGGAUACGCGCAUGGAGGCAUGGGAAUCCAUAUCUGGAAUGUGACACCCGCGACGUACAUAGUAUACAGCAAGGUCCUCCUCUCCGCAGUCAUCAUCUACGUCCCCACACUCGCCCUCGCAAAGAUCAGCCUAAUCGUCCUCUACCACCGAACCCUCCAUCAGAAACGCUACCAGCGAUGGAUUCUAUACAGUCUGGCUUUCAUGAUCAUUGGCUACAGCUUCGCUCUGAUGAUGGCAUUCCUAUUAGGAUGUCGUCCCGUCCAGCGAGCCUGGAAUCCAUUAGUCCCGGGAACAUGUCUCGAUCAAGACACGUUGUAUAUCGCCACCGCCGUGUCAAACAUCAUCUCCGAUAUAGCCCUCAUCCUGGUCCCAAUCCCAACCGUACUGGGUCUGAACAUGCCCUCGAUCCAAAAAGUCGGUCUAUUACUGAUGUUCAUGAUCGGCUGCGCAACCCUCGUCACCGGCAUCCUUCGGUUACUUAGCAUAAUGCCUUUUCUGAAUUCGGAAGACCCAACAUACACUAUCGGGUUGCCAGAUUUAUUAAUCAACAUCGAAGCCAACUUCGCCAUCAUCUGCAUCUGUCUCCCCUUCCUUCGCCACUUCCUUCGUCGCUACGCUCCUCGUCUCAUCGGUGAAAAUAGAGGCCUUGCCCGUCGAUACACGAAUUAUACAGUUACCCGGGAAAGCGUCGCGCCAGGCCGUCGGAAAGAGAAUCUCAGCCAGCUGCAAGAUGAAAUCAAGCAAGCGGAGAAUGGCGCGGGUAUGUACAGUUCUGUGGGAAUUGUCAAGAAGGUCCAAGUGGAGAUUACCUCGGAGGAUAUGCCGGCGGAGCAAGAGAAGGAGGAGUUGACUCAGCAGAAGGUGGUGAUAUGUACGGAGUAG